AAGGAAGUUUAGUUACAGGAAAGAAAGGGUUUCAAAAAAAUCUGGCCGGUAUACGCGAGUACGGACAUCUACAUCUUGAAUUCCAUUAAUGCAGCGAGAAGCCACCAACCGAAACCUUGGCGGUGCAGCUAAGACACAAAGAGGAAUUCCAUCCAGCAAACACCGGACAGCAUGUUUAGAGCUGUGUUAGGAUUGCUGUGGUGUCUUCAGAUUGCACCGCAGCACUGUGCUGCCUCUGUCGACCUGUCUUCCGCCUUCAUCAACGUCCCAUACAAAAAUUUCCAGGUACGAAUAUAUAAAGACACCGGUGACUUGGCGGCUAAUGGGUCUUACUACUACGCACCCGCUGGCUUGUUUGUACCCAACUCAACAUAUAUCGUCCAUAACGAGCUGCAAAGCUAUGUAGCCUUUUCAGUUAAAUUAUGGGAUAUUUACUACGGAGAACACAUCCAAUCACAACUUUCCCAGCAGGGCCGUCAGUUGAGUCCGUCAAACGUUCGCAUUAUCCCAUUUCACAGUAUGCGCGUGGACGUAAUAGAGAACACCCUACCGAUAAAAGUCAUGAAUCAAUGGACGCCCAUUCCGCAUCAACCGGCUUUCGUACUGGUGCGCAUUCUCUGCGCAACCGAUCCUGAAUGCACCAGCGUUCAAAAUGCCGUGGAGAAUUCUCAAGAUCAGCUUCUGUUCGGCUUAGAACUGACCUUCGCGCUGAAGAAACCGGUGGAUACUAAGCGGAAUAUUUCGAUCAAGGCUGCAGCUCUUCAGUCAUCGGAUACAUUCCGGGCAAUCCAGCAGAAAUUCUACCGAAUGCCGGUUGUAUGUCUGCAGUAUACCGAUCUGCGGCGGCUGGCGCGGGAAGCCCUCGAUACUCUUUUGGAGGAAGCCAUACCCGAUGAAGACUUUGUCAGCGAGAACGAAUUGUACAAAGCUACGAACAGCGUAGUCCGGCUUUUAAAGCCCAACGUCAGGUCGACUACCGAAUUCACGGAACAGAGCUGGAAAGGCGUCUUCUGGCCGGUCGGCAGCAUCCGUCCUGACGAAAUGAUAAAAAAUCUUAACGAAUCUUUAGGUAACGGUAAUAACUGGAUCAAAGCGUACUUUCAAUCGGGCAAUAAUUCCACUGCCCUGGAGAGCACUUCGUCGAUGGACUGGAGCGGUAUUCGUUCGCAGCUAAAAGAUUCGAAAGCUUUUAUCCUUUGGAACGGUGAUAGAUUCAUUAUCCGCCCGAUGACGCUGCAUUGUAUUAACCUUACCGCGCUAAAUUCGGACGGCGCCAUAGGGCAAAUAAAAGUGUGGAGUAGUUCAAAAGCCGGGGAUCUCUCAUCGGCCGUCAAUGUGCCAUUUUCCGGAAACCGUGAAUCAACUGUAAUGGAUAUUGAGCGUUUAAAAUCGACCGUUGAUGACGUAGCGCGGCAGCUAUAUAAUUUAUCCACAGCUUUGGAAAAUACCACACCUAUCGGCAGCAUUAUAGCGUACCAUUGCGACGCUUCCCUACCGCCGUGCUGGUUGCUUUGCGAUGGGGCGCCUUUCGAUAACGGAACGUAUCCACUUUUGGCGACUGCGUUGUUUCCGCGUGUUAAUACACCGGAUCUGCUAGAACGCUUUCCAAUGGGAAUCAGUCAGAAGGGUAAUUACAGCUAUGUGGGGCAAAGGGGCGGUGAGGCAGAGCAUGUCCUUACCAUUAACGAGAUACCGUCGCACAGCCACGAAAUUCGAUCAUGGCCGGACUCGGGGUACAAUUACGUGUAUGGGGAUAACAAACUGAAGUCUGGCAUCAUUACGGACAGAGAUGUUGACGGCAGUGGAGGAAAACGAAUGAACACCACGACGACGGGAGGCGGUCAGGCACAUAACAAUUUGCCGCCAUUUUUGACGACAAGGUUUAUAAUACGAGCUUGCUAGUUAAAGAUACGGAUACUUACCCUAGUGACAAUUGCUUAAGGUACCAAAUUCUGUUUUUUUUUAUAUUACAGUGAUCGUUUUUCGUGUUUGUAUGACAGUUACUUGUUGUUUUAGUCAGCGUAUUUAAUACAGACACAGUCGCCGACGACUUUUAACUAACUUGCUAAUUGCUUUUUCUGCUGGUUGUUCGACGUUUUAUCUGUUCCUUUCCAGCUGCUCUAUCAAUCGUGCUUUCAUAGUUAAAGCGAGUGUCCAUAGCCUUUAUUUUAAAAAGCAGUUAGUGUCAAAUUAUUUUAUCAACGUUUUAAUGGCUGCGCAUUAAUUAAUUACAGCUUUGUGCCAGUACCUGUACAUGUAUUGCAUUACAAUCU